AUGGCGACGGCCGUAGUCGAUGUUGGCUACCUCGCCGCGUCAUAUUCGCUGCCUGAGACGACAUUCCACUCGUUACUAUCCGAACCCACCGUUGAACUCGUCGAGUCGCUGCUUACCCAGAUUGAGGCCAAGGCCCGCGCCUACGAUGAUUUGCAGUCGGAAAAAGUCCGCGCCGAAGUGGAGCUCGAGGCUGCUGUCCAAGGCGGAGAGCAACGCGCGAGGUCGCUGAAGGCUGCCGCUGACAAAGCGCAAAAAGAGGCGGAAGAGGCGCUGCAGAAGCUUGCACAGGAGGAAACUGCACGUCAACAAAUCGAGAAGGAGCUACACACCCUUCAGACGACGGCAACCAGCUCCACAUCCGAGGUACAGGCACUCGAGUCCCGCAUCAAGACACUCGAGUCUCAGAAUCGCGAUGCCAUUGCUAUGCAUGAGGCCAAGGUGGCCGCCCACGACCGCCUUGCCCAAGAGUUAUCUGAGCAACACCAAAAGUCUAUCGAAUUGAAGAAGCAGCUGUCUUCGCUCGAGGAGAAGAACCAGACCCUGGAAAGCGCCGCCUCCAAUGUCAAGUUCCGCGAGACCAACCUGCAACAGGAAAUCGAAGCCUUGCGCAAGAACAACGACUGGUACACCACCGAACUCAAGAAGCGGUCCGACGACUACAGCAAGCAUCGCAAGGAAAAGAGCGCUCAGAUUGCCCAGCUCCUGCGUGAGAAUGCCGAUGCCUCUGAGACGAUUGAUGCCCUUCGCCGCACCGAAGCCACCCUGCGCCAACACAUUGCCGAGCUUCAGAGCAACGCUGAGGAGGAUCGCAAGCGUAUCGACGAGCUAGAGCGCCAAGCGUCAGAGUUGGUGGCCAGGCAUCAGAUCGAGCUAGACAGUGCCAACAGACUCGCGGAGCUGCACAAGGCUAACUCUGCCAUGGAAAAACAACAUGCACAGAGUAUACAAGCCACCAAGGACCAACUGGAACAUGAUGCUGCUACGGAGAUUGGACUGCUGCAGGCCGAGCUCGAGGUGGAGCGCAGUCGAGCUAACACAGCAGAGGCUGAGUUGGCCAACGCAGAGACCCUUGUUGAGAACCUCACCAGCGAAAACAAGGAAAUGAGGAAUUCUGUUCGUAUGCCGGCGACGCCUCGACAUGGUAUGAACGGGAACUUUGGCACACCUGGCCGCGCUGGCUCGCCUGCUCCAUUCUCGCCCGGGGGCACAUUACUCAAGGCAGAUGCGACCAGGACUCAGCUGCUGAUUGAGAAUAACGAUCUCAAGAAGGAGCUUCGCAAAGUCCGAGAGAAGGCCGAGGAAGCCUCGACCGUCACAUCUGAAUUGCUGCGGGAGAUGGAUGCUCGAGUGCCGGAGUUCGAGGAGCUCCGUCGUGAGAACGACGCGCUUACCGAACAGUGCCAUGAGCUGACGAACCUUCUCAAUGACGUGAGUGCAGAACGCGAGUCGGCAUGUAGAGACGCGCGCAAGGCCCAAGGCGAUCUAGAAGGUGUACAAAAGGAGUGCUCACUUCUCCGCCAUCAAGUUCAAGACAUGACGAUACAGGUGCGUUCACUGAUGUGGCGGCGAGAAGCAGAGGAGAAUGGGCUCGAUUCCCUUCCUGCCGAUCAGAGGCAGUUCAUUCUAGAAUCGGUAGAUAACCAAGUGCCGGAUCAUGCGCUACCCAGCGAUUCAGUCACACACAACCUCAUCACCAAACAUCUUGUGCUAUACCAGCGAGUCGCAGACUUGCAGCAGCAACACUCUAACGCGCUGAACGCGAUACGACAGCUAGCAGACGAGCAUGAGGCGCAGGAAGCUCGUAACAAGUUGGAGCAGCAUAAGAAGGAUCACGAGGAGCUCGUCAGACUGCGAUCACAAAUAGGAGAAAAGGAAGAGGAGAUCAAGACCCUCACCGUGCGUGCCCAGACUUUCAAGGCAGAACGCGACAUGUACUUCCGGAGCAUACCUAAGCGAAAUUCGCUGUCUGAUUCGCAGCCCAAUCCAGCUUUUGCACAAUCGGUACCUGCAGGCCACCAUCUAUCCGAACAGGCGCUCCCGAAGGACAACCCAGACUACAACAAGCUUGUCGAGGAUCUCAAGGCUCAUAUUGAUCUGUUGAAGACGGAGAGUGCGACCAACAAUACAACUAAUAAGUCGCAGAUUGACAGCCUCACCAAGAGCAAUAAUCAGCUUCAGUCUGACAAGGCCCGUCUUGAAUCGCAGGUUCGACGAGAGCAGGACCGCUACAUGCGUCUUGAAAGCACCAUCAAGAUGUUGCAACAAGAGAAGGAAACUCUACAGGAUCGUUACAAUAAUGUCCAAGCCACGUUGGCCAAACAGGAUGAUAGGAUCGUAAAGGCUGACCAAGAGGUUGCUGAAGCCACUACUAGAAUUCAGGGUCUCGAAAGCGAGUUGGUCCACCUGAAGGCUUCCCAGCAAGUGGCCCAAUCGACAGAGGCGCGCCUCAAGGAGCGGAACCAGGAGCUGAUGGACGAGCGGGACCGCCUCAGCAAACUGGUCUCUGAUGUUCAGAGCCUGCGAAACGAGUUUGAGCUAACAGCAACGAACACUCGUCGCGAACUACAGGCCAAGAUUGAGAAGCAGGAGGCAGAUCUCCAGAUGGCCCAGCGUAAGCUAGAGGACGAACUUGCCGACCACAAGAAGACAGUGCAGCAACGAGACUACGAACGUUCGGAGGCACAGCGGAGGAUUGAUGACCUCAUUGCUGCAAGGAAUAGUGCAGAAGUCAAAUCUGCAUCAGCAGACUCGAUACGCCAACAAUUGGAACAACGAAUCAAGGAUCUACAGUGCCAGCUUCAGAUCGCGGAGGAUCGUCUAAACACUCUUCAACCACGACUUAAUGGAUCUGGAGAUCAAGAGGACGAGCCAAUAAGUCGGGAGGAGGAGCUGACUGCUCAGGUUGCAGACCUUGGGCGUAAGCUUGAGCGCAAGCAGGAAGAUCUCGACUUGGUCAACAGCCAGAUUGUGGGCUUCCAAAAUAUUGCUCAAGACGCCGAGGAGCGACUCCAAUCUUUCGUGGAAGCUCACGAGCGUCUUCAGGAAGAGUUGAACAUGGCGCAAGAAGAGAAGGAUGCCAAGAUCAAUGAUCUACAACAACGCGUUGAAGAUAUAUCAUCUGAACUUGCGGCAUCAACAACAGAACUUACUGAGCUGCGAGGUAAACAUGAGCAGGAGGCUCUGCAGUUGUCGCAACAAAAGGACCUUCUCGAGAUGGAGAUCUCGCGCCUCAAGAACGAUGUGGCCGACUACAAGGAGGAGGCUACUGCACAGGCUGAGUUCGUCAAGACACAAGCCGACAUUGCUGCGCGCGCUCAGCAGGACUAUGAGGCUGAGCUUGCCAAGCACGGCCAGACCAUGGAGAAAUUGCGAACUCUUCGCGAUGAGCAGGAUCAACUCAAGGCCGACAUUGCUCAGUUCAAGGCACAGGCCGAAGCCGCGCGAAACACUUUGGAACGAAGCCAGGAGCACUGGAAGACGACCCAGACUCAAUUAGAAGAGCAAAUAACCGACGCGAAGCGACGUCACGAUGAUCUUAAACAAUACAACCAGACGUUGCUCAUCCAGUUUGACGAUUACAAGGCGCAAAUUGAUAGUCUCAAGCAUAACCGCAUUACUGUUGCUGGCGGCGAAGCAUCAGCCAUGGAAACUAGCUCGAACAGCCUUCAAGACAUCGAGACCUACCUCAGACGCGAGAAGGAAAUCUUGGAGGUGCAGUUGAACCUGAAAGAGCAGGAAACGAAGCGUUUGGAACACCAAUUUGCACAUGCCCAAACACAACUCGAUCAGACGCGCGAGAAGCUUAUUGCCGAGCAAUCUAAGGCUCAAGGAUCGCAGAGCAACACAAGUAUACAGACUCUGCAAGAACGCAUUCAAGAGCUCAAUGUCUACCGUGAGAGCAACAUGACUCUUCGCAACGACAAUACCCGUCUUCUAAAUCAAGUGUCCGAGAAGACCAAAGCGUUGGAAGAGUUGCAGAAUGAACUUGAACCUCUGCAAACUCGCGUUUCGGAACUGGAGAGUGAGCUUGAGCUGAAUGUCGGGCAUCUUAAGGCUGUUGAAGAGGACCGUGAUCGUUGGCAGAAGCGUCACCAAGAUGUACUACAACGCUAUGACCGCAUCGACCCCAAGGAGCUCGAAGACUUGAAGCAGCAAAUUGAGAGUCUCAAGACCGAACGUGAUCAGGCGUUAGACCAGGUCAAAGCUCUCACCGAAAGGAUUGCUGCGCUGGAAGCAUCGCAAGAGACUAUCGUCGCUGAGACUCGUGAGGCCACUAUCCAAGAGGUCAAGGCUGCGGAGACAGCGAAGGCUCGUAAUGGCUUUAACAAGGUCCACAAUGAAAAGAUGAAACAGAAGGCCACUGAGAUCGAGGGCCUCACUAAUCAGCGAGACGAACUACAAAGCGAGCUUACAGCUCUCAGGCAAGAACUAGAACAGUGCCAAGAACAAUUAUCAGUCGCGCAGUCUGGUGCCAGCCAAUCACAGGAGCAGAUGAUCUCAUUACAGCAACAACUUGAACUAUCGCACGCCAAUCUCGCGACUGCACAGCAAGAGCUGCAGACCGCUAAGACUGCUCAGGAAGCACAGGUGCAGUCCAACACCACGAGUAAUGCAGCUGCAGAUAUCAACAUGUCUGAGGAUGGCCAGGUUCAGGAAGGCGGUGCUGAUAUCUCCUCGGAGCAGUUGGCGAUCUUGAAGGAAAACCUCGACAAAGCCAACAAGCGAGCCCUUGCUGCAGAAAGCAAUUACAAUGUUGUUCAGAAUCAGAUCGCCAGUCUGCGCGUUCAACUUGCCUUGGAACGACAGCAAGUCGCGACGCUGGAGAAGGAAAUUGCUGAAAAGGGCAACACGAUUGUUGAGCUUCGAGAGCAGCUCACUCAAGCACAGAGCCAAACUUCGCAACAGACAUCUGCUGCCGCUGUAGCUGAAUCUACCACUGCUUCAAACGCAUCUGGUGAGAUUGAGAAGCUUGGCUCAGAGCUCACGGCAGCCCGCAAGGAAGUCGAAGAUUUGCGAACUCAGCUCGAUGCCGCGAAGGAAUCGAAUAACAAGGAGGUUCAAGCAGAGGUUUCAGAAGAUAACGGCAACAUGGCUGCCAUCAAGGCCGCCCUCGACCAGCGUGAAGCCGAACUGAAGGCGCUGGAGGCAGACGUGAACCGUCGUCUCGAGGAGGUGCAAAUCAAGGAAGCCAAGCAAUCUGCACUUGUCAAGAAGGCCAAUGAUAAGAUCCGACAAAUACGUGCCGAGACCGACAAGGAGCUUGAGAACCUCAAGACUGCUCACACCACUGAGCUCGAGCGGCUGCGAGAGGAACAACAAAAUGCCAUGCCACCUGCCCCUCAGAAUGAGGAGAACCGAACCAAUGCACCAGCUGCUCCUGAUUCAGACAGCGUGGGUGAGAUCAUUGGUCUACCUGCAGAAACCGCUGAAGGACACGUGGUCCGAGACUUCAUCCAGAAAAAUCAGACAGCCAAGGACAUUGUGCGUCUGAAUGUCAACAAGCGUGUUGCUGUUCUCAACGAGCAGGCCGCCAAGGCAAAGGCUGAGGCUGAGACUCUCAAGGCCGAGUGUGAGCAACUUAAGGCUCUUGUGCCCUCAGGCGAUGCUCCAACUAUAAAAGAAGAGGCAGCACAGAGCAAAUCCGAGGAUCACGAAGCCGAGCUAGCCAAAAUCAAGGCCGAACACGAGAAGACGUUAAAGGAGGCUCUUGCCAGAAAGGAGGAAGUCAUGGCUCGUACCGCACAACUGAAGGGUCAACUGAAGGAGAAUCAGAUCAACUCCUGGAAAGCCAAGUGGGCUAUCUUCGAAAAGGCCGCCCAGGAGACACCUACUGAGGAAGUCGCCAAGGUGUAUGCCAUUGCUAAGAACCCUCCAAAGGCGGCACCAAAACCUGCUGCCCAGCCAAACACGCCUGCAAAGCAAGUUCAGGCCCAACAACCUGAUUCAGCCCAGCCCGCACCACAAACACCAACCCAAUUCACACCAUUGGGGCAACAGCAACAGACUGCAACGCCCGCAUCGACCGCGCCUGAAGCUAAUGGAGCAAUCAUGAGCGUAGGACGUGAAACUGCUCCCGCCCAAAUGAACCCAUUCACUCAGUCUGCCAGUAGCGUCAAUGGUUCAAACAUACCCGCAAAUCCCUUUCUUCAAGCACAAAUGGGCCGCGGCCUCCCUCAACCAGGUUUCACAGCUCCAGCACCUGCUCAACAACUUAGUUUAGGUCGUGGAGGCCUUCAAGCCAUACGCGGCGCCAUCCAAUCCAACAUUCCGCGUGGUGGAGCGACUGGCAUUCCUCUUCCCGGCGGUCGAGGACGCGGACAACAGAAUUCGCAGAAUAUGCAGCAAGAUCAACAGCAAGGCCAACAGCAAGGCCAACAGCCGCAGACCAACUCUGGAGCGAGCCAAAUCGGGCGCGGCGGUGGCGGCGGUGGUCGUGGCAACCGUACACGGGGUAAUGGACCGCAGGGCAGUGGCAGCCCAGGUAGUGGACGCGGAGGUAUGAAUCCUGGUGCGCUGCAGUUUCAACCCGGUGCUGGGCGAGGGAUGAAGCGCGGUGCGGAGGAUGAGGGCGAGGGAGGGGCGAACAGAGGAGGAAAGAGGGCGAGAGGUGGCCGCGGCGGUCAAGGUGGCCAAGGUGGAGCCGAAUAG